AUGUCGCACCAGUACCCCUUCUUGUUUCGUAGCGCUACUGCAGACAAAUCACACACAACCGGAGUAGGGUUCUUGGUCAGCCUUCGACGGAAGGACGGCCUCCAAAUAAACGAAGCCGAUGUUGCUUCCCCUGUAGAGUGGCAUUCCGAUAGUGACUGUGAAGACGAGGGCAGUCUUCUCAUGGACUAUUCCUCUCGGCCAGAAACUUCCGAUGCCUCCAGCCACCUUCCUGAUGAAGAAAUCGUCUACGGUGUAACGGCUGAGAGCCAAGCUGACCACGGCAUCUUCACUAGGAACACCUCUGCCACGUCAAAUACACCGAAAGGCUCCGCAAGCACCUCAUCUCAAGGAACAAUCCUAGCCGGCUCCAGUUUCGCAAGGCCAAGGACACCUCCAUCGCCUCGGGAUGCGACGUGGGCUUCCGGGCACACGGGCGAAAUUUAUACCCAGACCCGAGACGGAUGCAGCCCGGAAGGAAAUUUGGCAGGGAAUGUCUCCCCUAAUGGCGGUUCACCGGCAUGGAGAGGUAAGAAGCUCCGCGUGGAUUUUCGAGGGGGUGAAGACGUCCCUGCUGCGGCGGGAGACCCAUCCCCACCAGAAAGGAGAGACAGCCGGAAUGGAUGUCGACAGCCUCGGAGUGCCCCCCAGGGACAGGGGGAGAAAACCCCGAUUUCUUCGUCGGAAUCAACGGAUCGCAGGGGAACGGAGGGUGCGGGAGAGUCUCUGAAGCGACAAGGCGAUCCCCAAAGAGCUGUCAAAACGGGGGUUUUCCUAACGGGGGCCUUGACUGUCCCAGUCGGGCUUGUCGCCUUUGCAUGUAUAUCGCCCUGGAGUUUCGGCUCCGGCUCGGCGCUCCUCGCCGGCGGGGCGCUUGUUUUUCUUUUUGGCUACUUCGGGACAACGCUGAGUUCACGGCCACUCCUCCUUGUCUACCUAGCACUCCUUUGCUGUUUCCUGGCCGGUCUUCUCGUGGCAACUGUCUUCAACACACAUCUCGCCAUUCAAGCCUUUCGAGCUGUCCGACAUGUCUACUUCGAUACACCCGAGGAGGUGGCCGCUGCAUCUCGCAGACUGGAAACCGCCUUGGGCUCGAUCCAUGCCACAACAUCAGAGACUACGCUUCCGCCUCCACCUGACUUCCCUGUUCGAGAGAUCACGAACGAAAACCUGCCGAAAUGGAGGAACUCGAACUCCCAAAAGCUUGCUAUUUCGUCUGAGACUGACGUGCGUGUUUUGAGCAAAGGUUUGGCCCCACUGACUACAGGAGAGACGAAUCAGGAACCCGCGGCUCCCAAUGCAAGGCCCCCGGAAACGGGGAAGGGAUCUUCUACACUUUUUGGAGCAAAACGCGAGGCCCUCUCAGUUUCAGCUUCUUCCCAUUCGACUUUGGUUGGGCAGUGGUCAGAAAAACGCACAACGGCGCAGCACUCUCUCGGCGAAAGUUCAACGUGGCAAUCGCCAUUUUCACCUGAAAGUAUCGGAAACAAGUCCGCUUUUCUGGGCUUUUCUGUCGCUCCAGAAGUCAACCUGAAUGCGGAGUCGAACAGAAACGUUUUGCUCAGAAAGGCUCCUGCUGUUUUUUCCGGUAGCACUGACGGAUAUCGUGAUGGAUCAGCUCUUCAGCAGGGUUCAACGCCACGGGGACCACCGUCACUUCACGACAGAGAGGGAGGAGACGAAAACGAAGGGAGCGCCCGAGACAAAAACGUUUCUCUUCGGCACAAUACCGAUCCGUUAGGCCCUCUAGACGUGCACCUUCAAGAGGGCCUGGCAGAUUCAUUCUCCCUGCUCGGGGGUACAUCACCUGUUCGGAGUCGUAGCCCGUCAGCACUGGAUCCCAAGUCGUUUGUAACAACCUCCCAUGUGACGGAGACAGGAGAAAUGUACAGGGAACAUAGACAAAGGGAGCUUGUGGACGUUCAGCAGUCGCCACCAAAAGCGAGCUUCCAGCGCAGAUUUGACAAGCCCGAGUUUUCCGAAAACUCACCUGGUGCAGAGUCUGUUGCGCCUCCGUCAACGCGUCUUGCCUCAGGGGUAGAGGGACGUCUUUCGCUUCUUCAUGGCCCGCAGGCAAACAAGGCAAUUGGUCUACAAGCGACUACUCUGCCUGUCAUUCGCGUUGAAGCCGCGCGAUGCAAUGCAGUGCCUCUCUCUCUCUCCAAGUACAUAGGACCGACAAAACUUCAGCUGGAAACCUACGGCUUGAUAUGCGGCUUCUCUCUGUACAAUGUUUGGGGGGUUGUCGACGCCUGGAACGUUGACUGUGAGAACUUUUGCGGCAAUAAAUACCUCGCUACGAAACGGUACAUAUGGAAUGUCGGCCACGAUGCCUCUCAAGACAGCGAGACUGAACAUGCAACGGCAGGAGGGAGCCUGAGCUCUCCGGGACCUGGCGCGCCUGCGUUUCGUGGAGAGCGGAGAAUGCAAGCUUCGCGUACACGUUCAGAACCGUGGAGUGUCCUUCGACCUCAGAAGAAGACAGCAAAGAGGGAGGCGCGCGACCCACGCGCGACUCAGACGAGGUUAACCGCGCGUGACGACGCGUUAAAGGCGUGGCGAGAGACCACCUCCGUAGCAGACCAAAUUAAAUGCAUGGAACUUGCUCUAAAUCUCUCGUGCGGUGUCGUCAAAUCCUUCUACCUUGUCCUGCUACCUGGACUGAGUGUAGUCAUGGUUGUGACUUCUCUCGCUCUGUUCACUGCUGGAACGUCUCUCGUCAAGAAGGGCUUUCAGCUCAGGAAAGCGUUAGCAGAGUGA